CAGAAUAUUUCGUCAGUCAGAUCGCAAAAAUGAAGUUGUACGUGCUGCUGGUAAUAUUUUUCGGAUCAACAUCCUUGGGAAGUGCCUAUCACAAUCCGCACUGGGGAACCGGUCGUAGUGUUAUGGUACAUUUAUUUGAAUGGAAAUGGUCGGACAUAGCAAAAGAAUGCGAAAAUUUCUUAGGUCCAAAUCGAUACGCAGGUGUGCAAAUCUCUCCGCCAAAUGAAAAUUUUCUGGAAUCAAUCAAUAAUCGUCCGUGGUCGGAACGAUACCAACCAAUGUCGUAUAAACUGAUUACGCGUUCCGGAAACGAGGCCGAAUUUGCUGACAUGACGAGACGGUGUAACGCUGUAGGUGUUCGAAUUUAUCCGGAUAUUGUUGUUAAUCAUAUGUCUAGUAUGUCAGGACUUGGUGUGGGUGGUUCAAGUGGCCAAGUUGAUAGUGGCGAUUUUCCCGGUGUUCCAUAUACCUUUGACGAUUUUAAUAAUCCAAGAUGCAGAAUGGAUUGGAAUAAUCCGCCAACUUUGAGGAACUGUGAAUUGGAUACCCUCCGCGACUUGAAUCAGACGAAAGAGAAUGUUCGUGCGGCGAUUUCAAAUUACAUGAAUCAUUUGAUUGAUUUGGGAGUUGCUGGUUUUCGUAUGGACGUUAUGAAGCAUAUGUGGCCCCAAGAUCUUACAGUGAUUUGGGGUCGUUUGAAGAACCUAAACGUAAACCAUGGAUUUGCUGCUAACUCACGACCAUUUAUUGUCGGAGAAGUUUAUGACGACCAGGUUAUACAAGGAAGUGACUUUUGGCAUUUAGGAACAACGACAGAAUUUAGAUAUCCGAAUGCCAUUGCGAAAAGUUUCCGUGGCCAAGACUCGCUGAAAUGGUUGCGAACUUUUGGUGAAGGCUGGGGAUUCCAUCCAACUCAGUACGUCCUUAGCUUUGUUACUAACCAUGAUACGCAAAGAGAGGGACUGUUUAGUUAUAAAGAGGGACGUCUCUACAAAAUGGCGGUUGCGUUUCACUUAGCAUGGCCAUACGGGAUACCGCGUAUAAUGUCGUCAUACUAUUUCGACACCAAAUUCCAAGGUCCACCGCAUGAUGGUAACUAUAAUACUUUGUCACCUACAUUUGGUUCAAACGGAGAAUGUAACGACAACAAAUGGGUGUGCGAGCACAGAUGGUAUCAGACCGUAAAUAUGUUACAGUUCAGGAAUACAGUUGGUGGGGCUGCGGUAGCUAACUGGUGGGACAAUGGCGACAAUCAAAUAGCAUUUUCGCGCGGUAAUCGUGGAUUCAUGAUUUUCAAUGGACAAUACCGGGUUGACUUAAAUGUUCACAUAUUCACCGGAUUACCGGCAGGAUUUUAUUGUGAUCUAGCUACAGGUUCACUGCGUGGAACAUUUUGCACGGGUACAACGGUCAACGUUGCUGCAGACGGAUAUGCAUCAAUUUUCCUGUCAUCGGAAGCUGCCGAGGGAUACAUUGCACUGUCUGUUGAUGCUAGACAUUGAUUUAGAUUGAAAAUCUAGUUCGUUCGACAAUUAAUUAAAACAUUGUACUGCAAGGAAAA